AUGCCAUUCUACUGGGACUUCUACUGCUGGUUUCACUUUCAUACAGCCGCAAGUAUGGCCAGACACAACCAGGACAGCGUUCUGCGACCACAUACAUAUGGUCUAUCCAAAGACCAACUCGUUCUCAAACAGCUGCAGCCCCAGAAGAUGGAACACACCCGAAAAGAGUUCAUAGGUUUUAAUAGAGGGUUCGAGACAAGAGACAAAACAAAACUGCCUGUUAGCCCUCUGCAGGGUGAAUAUGAAGCUGACAAGCGCUUCUGGACAACCACCGUCAAGUCACUCACAGGGCCACGCCAUAUUUCGGAGGAUGAGACACGUUUCACACCCAGAUCGAACCAUUACAACUGGAGCUAUCGAUAUUGGUCCAUCGCAACCGCCACUAUCAUUGGAACAAUGGUGCUCGGAGCUCUCAUGUUCCUUAUCUACUGGUAUAUCAGACGAGCAAGACGAAGACGGCGCAUGCAUCGAAUGCUCGACAUAAGCGGGGACCCUUUCCACGCAUCAUCUCUCAGCCUGAACGAAGAUACAAGCUUAACUCUGGACAGGUUCCUCAUGAAGGAUGUCCUACCCGAGCGCGCCUCUCUCAUGUUCAGCCGGAGCCGCUCUCCUUCUCUCGCGUAUGUGAUGCAUGACAUCGAACACAAUUCUUCGAACAAAUUGUCUCGGCAUAGUUACGACGCUUCGAGAUCCAACCUGACAAAGCUUGACUGCUUGACUCGUGUCUCAAUGGAGGAACCUCGACUUUCUCUAGGGCUAUCGGAUCGUACCCAGAUCUGGUCGCUUGCCGGCAAUGUUAAAGUACAGAAAGUUACAGUUGAUAAGCCGCUGUUAUCUAUGUCUAUAGCCCCUGUGACCCCCAGCUCCUCACAGGUAUGCACAUUGUCGUCGGCACCCACGGUGACCGAAGAGAGCUCGCUUCUCAGCCAAGAUUACACUUUGACUUCACAAUAUUCUUGUCAAAAUCUCCCGUCCAGCUCGAAUAGCUCUCGUGUCUUAUCCAAUGCUUCGCGCGCUUCAAGCCAGCUUUCGAGAAGCAGCCUUCGGCGUUCUACGGGACACAGCUCUCGAAAGUCUUAUAUUACAUCCCACAGUCAUAGUCCCAGUCACGGCUUGUCAUCUCCUCUCGGGGAGUCUUCCAGUUCUCAUGAAUCGCCAUUGUUCUGA